UGUUUGGAACUGAAAUGGGCCCGGUAGAUCAUAGACAGUCCAACGUGGUUAUUAAUAUUGUACUCUUUGGUUAGGUACUGUAUUAUUCAUCUGUAAACCGAAUUUGGAUUACUUACUCGAUGUCUAUUUUAGGCGCAAAGUUAUUAUUGUAAAUUUUUUGAAGAUUUCCUUUCUUUUGAAUCAAAAGUUUUGAAGUAACUUAUGAUUUCUUCGUAAAAACCGCAGUGUUGAAAAUAAAAUUUUGUGUAGGUGUUAACUUAAAAACUUCUUUAAAGCAUCAAAAUGACCGACACUGUAAAUAUGUCACUGGAUGAAAUUAUCAAACAGAAUCAGAAAAAUCGAACUAGCCGUGCUCGUGGACGAGGUGGUGGAAAUGUUAGAGGCCGUGGAGGUGGUCGCGGUGGACGCAGGGGACGCGGUGGUCGCGGUGGAGGUGCAGAUCGCGGUCGACCACAAUCACGAGCUGGAAGCAACAACAGACAGAGUCGGUCUCGUUCACGGUCUCGGGUUACCAGAGAUAAAUCUCAAUCACGUGGACGUUCUCAAUCGCGCAAUAGAUCAAAAUCGCAAGAGAGGCGUUUUUCUUACCCAAGAACCAGAUCUGCCUCACGUUCUCGAUCUAAUUUAAGGAGCUUAACACCAAAAGGAAGAGCUGGACUUGAGCAUGAAAACUUAGAUAUGCCACCACUAGUGCGCUCAAAUAGAGGUAACCGAGGUGGAGCUCAAACAAGACUUCGACGGUUGAAUCAAAAUCAACAGAAACAAGGUAUACACAGUAGACUUGGAAAUACACGAAAUACACGCGGUGGAAUAAAUUAUGGCUUCAAACCCUUAGCAGUAGCUAAGCGUGGAAUUUCUAAGAGGGGCCGUGGUCUUAGUACUAGAAAUCGAUAUAGUUCAGUAGGAUUAAGAUCUGAUCGAAUUCUUCAGGAGCAACGUCAAAACUAUUUACAGAAUAAUAUAAUAAAAUCCCAGACGUUUACUCGCUCUAGAAACAAUUCUCUCAAUUCGGCUUCACAACUAACAGUCAGUGUAGCAAAUGAUUUUGCCAAAAGACGCCGAAAUAGUGUUGGCAACGCAGGCUAUUUAAAUAAACAAACAUUAGCACAAUUAACUAAUGACUAUGGUGGAUAUAAAACAAGAAGGGGCCCAGGAAGUGUGAGGUCUGUUGGAUCAAAUAGAUCAAAUAGAUCUAGCCGGUCCAAUACCAGUAGAAAGUCAAGUCAAUCUCGAGGACGGGCUCGUGGGAGGGGUGGCAAUCGUGGUAUAGGAAGGAAGUUUGUAAAUAAACAAAUUCUAAAUCCUAAACUUCAAAAAGAAAUUGCAGCUAUUCAAGGAAAAAGUUAUGGUGCGAGUAGCAAUACAGAAACACCGAGUGGUGUUAACUUUACUCCUACACCAGCUACUACGCAGCAAACUCUGCAUCAAAGAUUUGCAACCUCAUAAAAUGUUUUAAGUGAUAAGGUUACAUUUAGAAAUGUAAAUAAUAUCGGUUUUUUUCAGCUUGAAAUAAGAAAAUUUUGUUUUGUUUUAUUCAGUAUAAUUCUUUUCUACAAUCUUAAGAUGAUUUUUAUUAGUGAGAAAUUUACUGAAUUGUACAACUUUAAUUUUAUAUCACGAUCUUAUAUACAGGUUAUGCAACGAAGCACAAUUUCAAUGAUGAGAUUAUAUAUAUAUAUAUUUCAAAAGAUAAAACACAUUUUUUUUAAUAUUAGUAAAAAAUUACACAAAUUUAUAAAUUAGUUGUUCAUAAUGCAAAUUUUUAACCGAUAUUUUUAGGUUACUUACUUUUGGUGCUUUACUAAAGCCACUUUUCCUACAUUUCCACUUGCCUUUCGGCCACUAACACAACCACGAACAGCACAACACCUUCCCAUUUCUUUUUAUUACAAUUAAUUUUAAAUAAAUUAAAAUUUUAUAUUUAAGUUAAUUAAAUUCAACAUUCGCGAGCCAACACUUGUUUACGCGUAAUAAUAAUAGCAUCGGUACGUCCUAAAUUUUAGCGCAGACAGUGGCAGAAAAGAGAACUAAGAUCUGGGUUUAUUAUUGUGUACAUGAAUACUAUGGAAAAGCCUAUAUCGUUCGGACUCCUUGUAUACUUCAUGGUCACUACCAUCGAUGGGUGCGGUGCGGUGCGCAGUGCCCACCGCGUACACCGGUUGAGUACUCUUCAUUGUAAUUUAUUAUAUUGAGUGACGUUUUAUUUUAUUGGUUAUAUUGAGUAAAGUUUCAUUUUAAUUGGUUAUAUUUUAAAACAUAAUCUAUCGUCAUGCCUCUUGCAACGGUAAAUUGAAAAGAAAAGUGCAACAAUUAAGCCGACGCACCCCCAUUACUAUCGUUGUACGACCUGUGUAUAAGACCGUGUUUUAUACACUUUAUGACAUAGGCAUAGCUCAUUUGUUUUGUAUUAACUACUAGUUGAUAAGAAUUUGAUUUGCCCUAGUUUGAAGUUGCAAAUUGUCUAAUAUUUCAAAAAAAAUAUUUUUGUAACUUUGAAUUAGAAUAAAGUUGUUCAUAAUAAAAA